AUGAUCGGUGGGGAAAAUGCCCUUCCAUCCAAAGUACCGACACCCAACGGAAAACAAGAAGAAGUGGACAUACCACAGCCACGUGAAGCACCUCUUCAUCACACGGACGACGAUUCGCAUGAAAAUCAGCAUCUUCCCAAUGCGAACUCGACGUAUCGAUUGGGUGAAAUCGAAGCCGCACUGAGCCAAGUGAAGCAGGAGUCGGCAUCAUCAUCAUCAUCAUCAUCAUCAUCAUCAUCCAACGCCUUCAGCUCCGACAGAAAGGCACCAUUUGAUGCAAGAAAGGGAGAGCAUUUGCCGAGCAAUGUCGAGUUGACACCCUUUUUCGCCGUCACCAAAUACUGCUACACGUGCGUGCCGUACAGGUGGUCGCAAUCUCUUGCCACUGCCUUCUUCGACGCGGGCAAAAUCUACACGCGUAACUGGAGUCUCUAUUACAUCUAUGACGACGAGUACGGACUCCUCACCUUCGUGCCAACCUCGCAAGUGCAGUCUCUAUUUGACGAGAUCAACGCGAAAUUUGAACGCGCCAACGUUGCCAUCGACCAGUGGCAGCGCGAGAACGGUUUCGUUCUCACCUUCGACGAGCUUCCAAAGGCACUGCGCCCGCGCUUUCUCGGUCAGUGCAUCUCGCGAUCCCAAUACGCUUCCUGGAUAGAUCAGUUGAGUUGCGAGCGCCUUGUGAGGCUUCCAACUGCGCCUACCACUGAAGACCCCAGCAUCGAGGCUGUCAGGGCGAAAAUCAAAGUCGCAUAUCUCCUCAACACGGAAAUGCAGAAGGCGAGCAGGAAAAAGAGGCAUUCCGAGACAUCGGUCACGCAAGGCGACAGCGCGAGUAACGCGAUGCAGUACUUUGGUUUGAACCCAACGUCCGACUCAGCCUCUGUCCAGCCCGGCGUGCCUGAGCCCCUCCUCGACCACACGAAGCCAGUGCCUCACGCUUUCGACCAAGAGCCGAUCCUGAUCGCAAUCGACGUCGAAGCCUACGAACAUCCCCCACGCAUGAUCACAGAGAUCGGAGUAGCCACACUGGACACUCGCGACUUGAAGGGCAUCGCACCAGGCGAGAAUGGAAGAGAGUGGCAAAAAUUCAUUCGAGGCCGCCACCUGCGCAUUGCCGAGUACAAAAGAUACAAAAACCGCCGAUGGGUCAAAGGAUGCCCGGAUGCCUUCGAAUUCGGAACAAGCGAAUUUGUUCCCAAAAAGAACACUGCAGCGCACCUCUCCAGCUGUUUCCGCGAACCCUAUUCCGGUGGUCAAAACGCCAACCAUCCCUCUUCCACAACAAACACCAACAACAACAACAAUCCAACCAGCCUCUGGCCCGAACAUCGCAACCUGAUCAUCGUCGGCCACGAUCUAUCACAAGACAUCAAAUACUUCGAAUCCAUGAAUGUAGAAAUUAGGAAUCGUCGCAAUCUCAUUGAUACAUUGGAUACAAUUCCUCUCUUCAAGCAUUACACGGGAGAUUCACAAGCGAGCUCUUUGGGGAAAAUUUUGCUGCAUUUUGAUUUGGAGUCGUGGAAUUUGCAUAAUGCGGGGAAUGAUGCCGUGUAUACUAUGCAUGCUCUUUUGGCGAUUUGUGUUACUUCGGCGGGCGAGAGGAGAGGUUUGAGGUGGACUGGGAAUGGUGAGGAUUGA